UUGGAAAAUCUGCUCCAACUGAGGGUUUACUGAACAAAAGUGAAAGUCAUAGAAGUCAUUCAGAAGGCAAUGGGCAUAUUAAUUCUCAUAAAAAUGGUAGGGACAAUGUUUCUAAGGACAGUGUAGACAGCCAUGAGAGUGUCGAAAGCAGUAAUAGUAAGGAAGUCAGUUCAACCAGGAAAAGAGAGUUGGCUUUUGAACCAGAAUCAUCUUUCAGAAAAUAAAAGAUUAAAAACUCAAGCACAAGACAAAUUUUGCUCUGGUUCAUUCCACAAACAGGAGAGCUCUUUUAUGAAUUGGAUAUCGACCAUGACCAAUGGCUUUUCAAGGUCUUAUCAAGAGAAACCACUGAAUCAACCUCUUCCCAUAGCACAUGAUACUAACAAAGGCUCCUGCACAAACAUUGGUUUUGGAUCAAUUUUUCAUUCUCUUCACAGUCCCAGAUUGUUGAUCCAAGACAGAGCACAAAAAGAUCUGGAUUCUCAGAGAGUAGCUGAUGUGUUAAGCGAACAAGAUGAUCGGGAACAAGCUAGUACUGGUGCUGGCCUGGUGGGCUCAGAUGGGUUGGAUUCUAACUUGCAAAAUGCAAUUGGAACAUCAAGUAAGGCGACUAAUAGUGUUUUGAAGGGAAUUGUUUGUCAUGAGGAUGUUAAACUACCAACUGGAGCUCUCCAUUCAAAUGAGAAUCUCAAGCAGGCUACUUGUGUGGAUGAGGCACUGCCUUUGAACACCAUGUACAUUUCUUCGGGCAAGAGCCAUGAAAAGGCAGUGGGUAAUAUUGGAAAUUUCUCCCGUUAUGGCAAAUCUUUUCCAAGUUCCUCGCAGAAAGCUCUGGCAACUACUCUUGAGGGUAAGGCUAUUGGUACAAUACCUUCUGUUCUGAAUGGUUCCUCAAAUUUGGUAUCCAAAAAGAGAGGUGCUUUGUUGGAGAGCUUAUGGAUCAGUAGACUUUUACCAAAAGUUUCUGUCUCCAUACCAGAACCAGCAAAUUGUAGCCACGGUGUUGAGUUAUCAAAUGAGAAACAUACUAAGAUCACAGAGAAAUCUUGCCCAUCUCCGUUUGGACAAAAAUCUUUUGCUUGUGGAACAUUAAAAGCUCAGGGCCACAGUGAUUCGGAUGGUUCAAAUGGGACAAAUGCUGACGGCAGUUCAAAAUCUAAGCUUAACUGUAAAAUACCCUCGCAAAAGUUAAUCAAAUCAGAGCCAAUGGCUUCAGUCUUUGCAAGAAGGUUGGAUGCCAUCAAACAUAUAACACCUGCAAAAACUAUGAAUGACAAAACAUCUAUGCUUGGAACUUGCUUCUUUUGUGGCAAGGUUGGCCACAGCUUAAAAGAAUGUCCACAGCUCACUGAAUCUGAAUUACAAGAUAUUUUACGAGACCUGAAUUCAUACGACAACACAGAUGGUUUUCUGAGCAUAUGCAUUCGUUGUUUUGGUUUCAACCAUUGGGCUAUUUCAUGCCCCUUUGAAUCUUCAAAAAUAAAGAACAUUCAUGCAAAUAAUGAUCGAAGGAUUGUACUGUGGCAUGGAGUUAGAGAGCAACAUCAGCUCUUCAAUGACCAUGCACCUUCACAUAAGAAAAGCAAUUCAGCUAGGGAGCAAACUGGACUUGCAGUUCCUUUAAGUUUAUCACCUGAUGAGAAGGGCUUACCAUCAGAUACAAUAAAAGAAAAUCUGCGAGAAAGUACUUCAAAAGCUUACCAAAGCUCAUCCUUGAAUAUGAAUAAUGUGUUAAAAAUGGAUCAUUCCAUGGCAAUUUGCAACAUGUUUGAUGCAAAUGCAGGUGAAGAGCCAAGUGGAACUUUUCAAAUGAUAAGACAGCUUCAACUAUCCCGCACAGAUGUCAUCAGAUUGAUGAAUUCUCCAGUUUCUAAUGUUGGUCUUGAGGGUUUUUUCUUGCGACUCCGAGUUGGAAAAGGGGAUGAAGAUUGUGGUCAUUCAGGAUAUCGUGUAGCAAGAAUUUGUGGUGCUAGAUCAAAGUACUGUAUUUCUGUAAAUAUUGGGCACUCCCAAUGCUCGGUGGAUUGUCGGUUUAUAUCCAACCAUGGAUUCACAGAGGAUGAACUGAAAUCAUGGUGGGAUGGUGCUGUGAAGGGCUCAAGCAAAGUGCCUACGAAUGAAGAACUCAAUGGGAAACUUCAGCAGAGGGUGAAGUUCGGGUUCUGAACUAUUUUCCGGUCUCUUAUAUUCAUUCUCUCAACUAGGAGUACUAGGACCGAAAAAUAGUAUGCAAGAUCAUUACUGCAAAUGUGGCUUGCAGGUGCUCUGUUUGGUUUUCCAUGGAACUUUUGAUGUUUUAAAGUACAAGAAACAACAUCCUAUAUGCGAGAUGAUGUAUUGCUGAGUUUUAGCAAUUUCCUUGUGUGUUUCAUGUGUGAAUUUGGAUAAACGGCUAUUCUACUGUAAAGCAAGGAGCUUUUAUUGGAAAAA